GCAGGGUUCAUACGGGUGAAUAUGAAACCUUCAGCUUCACAAAUCAGCCCCUGAAUCAGCAGAGCUUGCAAUCUAACGUGGACACACUAGGAUCCAUUUUAAAAACUGUUUAUUCCUUCCUCUUGUCUGGUUCUCACUCUUGAAGCAAUGUAGCAGAAGUCCGAGCAGGUAAAUACACAGGACAGAGUGGGAGGUGGAAGCAGGUCAGUCCCACCAUGGACUCGGGCCCCCACUAGGGAGAUAUGAAGCCCCAGGAUCUGGUGCGAUGGGAAGAGGCAGAACAUGAGACAAUGAGUUCUCCUUCUCUACCUUCAGCUUAAACCAGACAAGGAAAAAUCGCAUUUGUCGACAGAAGUCCAAUGGUUGCUCCAGAAGCGCCUGAAAAGCAGAGAGAUGUGGACAAUGGAGUUGUAAGUGAAUCUGCGGAGUUACCAAAAGUGACGGCACAACCCAAUAUGAAUGUAGAUCAAGCGAGGCCUAUCAAAUCCAACAGGCCACUUGAUCAUGGAGAGGAUGUUGAUCGGAAGCCCACCCUUGAUCCACAGGACAGCCCAGAACGGAAGAAGUUAAAAAGUGUUGGGUUUUGUGAAGUAGACAUUUCUACAACCCUUCUCCAAAAUGGUGCUUCAGAAGACCAAAGUUGUGAUCGAUCAUUGGACAGUGGAAGUCUCAAUAAUGACAAAGACAUAGCCAUGGAUUUACCAGAGAGCAAAGAUCAAAGUUCUCCUAUUACCACAGGUCUGCCUUUACAAUGCCGAAAGCACAGUGUCCCAACUUGCCUGUGUAAAGAGUGUGUGGAGAACUAUUUGAACCUUAAUGAAAGUGUAGAAGAACCUCAUGUAGAGGAGGGUGGGGAAGAUGGUGGGGAUUUGCUGUGUGCAGACAGUUUGUCACUAGACUCCAACUUAGUUAAGAGCAGAAGUGGCUCUGAGAGGUCCCGGAGCUUAGUCUUAUUAGAGGAGGAUGACUAUGGCCCUAGAUAUGAAGAUGCACAAGUUACCCUGCCCUACCCUGAUUAUAGCAAACCACCAGACCACAUCACAAGAUUAAGCAAUGCCGGACUGUUUGAGCCCUGUGAAGAUCAAGCUGAGAAGAGAGAGGCAGAAGACCUAACCGGAGAGGAGGACUGCGAGUCUCAAAAGGUUAUCCCUGCCUUUUUUAUCCAACAUGAGAGGCAAGAAAGCUUUUCUGGAAGUAGCCACAAAAAAGUGCAGCUUGAAAUGUGUGAACAUUUGGACUCUGAUAAAAGAGAAGCAGAGGUGGAACCCCUACUCCGUUCUCAUCGUUCAAGAUCAGUAGAUGUGGAAUCCAUGCAAGGAGGGCCUCAAAUCUGCCAGUGUGAUAGAAACUAUCUCAAGGUCGUGGGCUCCUUCUUGCUCUCCCUUUUUGUGUUCCCAGCCUUCCUAUGUUUAUCUUACACAUUCCUGCCCUUUGAUGCCCCGCUGAUGCCAGAUAUCACCACCAGGCUUGUUUACACCUUACGGUGUGCGGCAUUUGCCUCAUUCCCCACCAUCCUUGGUGUAAUAAUCCAUGGGAUCUCGCGGCUCUGUGCCUCUUCCUUUGACCCCUUUAAACCCAAAGUGCGGGAGGUGACCAUUCACCAGCGGUUUGUCAAGCAGAGCACAUUCCUGUUUGUUUUGUAUUUCUUUAACUUGUGUGUGCUGGUGACUUACAUGCCUCAGAACUACCUGAAGCUCAUCCCUCUCCUCACCUGCCUCUUUGCACUAUCCCAGCUGAUCUACUGGCUGUCCUUUGCAGUUGGCCGAUCAUUCCGUGGAUUUGGCUACGGUCUUGCCUUCCUACCUUUGGUAUCCAUGCUGGCUUGUAACCUCUGCUUCAUGUUUCUUGUGGAUCCGGAGAGGAUGAUUUAUUUGGGUUUACCCCGUAAGGAGGAUUCAAAGUCAAAAGCAGACGCUUUGGGCUAAAGGCGUGGGGCCCUCAGAGGAAACUGAAACAAAGAAGAAAUGGAGCAGCCUCAGGUCACCACUCCAGUUUUUCAUUCCCCUUUAGGACAAACGUUUAGAAACAUAGGGAGGGUUCAGGUGCAUUGUGGAUGUUUCUUACUCCUCUCUUUCGGAACUAAUGUUACACGCUUGUUUUAAAUAUGUUUUCUGAUUGGUUGGUUAAUGAGCACGAGACCACAAAACACAACAGUGGUCACUGAACUAAGAUUAGAUGGAGCUUUUGGAGGUCCAUAAGGGUAAAAACACGGAGCUGCUACUUGUUGUGCAUACACAAUGCCUAAAAAUACCCAUGCCAUAGACAAGGAUGGCUUCUGCUAAAACACACGCAGUGUCUUAGCAAAGCCAAUUAUCACUAUUCUCUAAUUUGUAGCCGUGACAAGUAGCUGCUACCAGUAGCUCUGUGUGUCUUCACCCUUAAGGACCUAGGAAACGCAUAAUCCUCUGCCUAUUUACAUUAGCUUGAUUAAGUACCCCAGUCGUACUUACCCAGUACUGAGUUUCUGCUGUUGGGCUCCCCUUACUUUUAUAUUCAGGGAUGGGCAGUAUGAAGCAGUUACUAAGUACAGUGAACUCUUGAUCUGUGGAGCUGUUUUAUAUUACUUGCCCAUAGAUAUCAGUUACAAUGAGAAGCCUUUUCCAUCUCUCUCAUUUCUGAGUCCAAGUUUCUUGCCCUGACUGACGAUGGGAAAGAGAGCAGCACAAAAAAGAUUUAGAGCUCUGCACCAGGUUAGGUACCAGGGGGAAGUUCCAUUUGACAGCAAAGAGGCCUAUGUUUUAUCCCAAGAGGAAAUUCUUGAAUGGCAAAGAGUUUAAUUAUAGAACAGUAGUUUCUGUUAUAUCAUGAUAUAGGCAUGAUGAACAAUUUGGAGUUGUCGUACUACUUGCUCCGCAACUUCUUACGUUAAUUAUACAUAAGGUAUUUAUAGCAACUGUUUGUUGUUGACUAAACUGCCAUGUUGUGUUGAUAAAAGAUCGACAGUUCAAUAUUUAUAUUCAAAUAAACAAAAAAUUGGUGGUUUGAAUUUUGA